GAAUAUCUGAGCUAGUCAGUUACGGUUCCUCAACAUUAGUCCCUCCCAAUCUGCACAGCGUUGUUCCUCCUGUGGGUUCAUCAGGGUGGGCACUGCGUCCUUAAAUCAGCCCAAUCGCUUUGUCCCUCUGGAACUUAACUUCCCGAGCCCGUGUCGGCCCCUCACUGGAUACUGUCUGCCAAAUUUCCCUGGGAUACCCAAGAGAAGGCAUGCUGAGGAGCCCGGAGCCCUAGGAAACCAGAACCAGGAGGUAGAAUCAGAGGAGGAAUGGAGAGGAGGGACACGGAGUUGCUGUUGGGACUGGAGAGACAGCAGCUAAGAGUGCUUCCUGGCUCUUGCUGAGGACUGGAAUUGAGUUCCCCAGUCAGGUGGCUCGCAACUGGCAACUGCUUGUAACUCUAGCUCCAGAGGAGCCAAUGCUCUCUCCUGGUCUCCACCGGCAUUCAAAGACGAACGUGGGUAACGGGAGGUCAAGGCCAGCCAGGACUACAGAGGGGAUUCUAGGCCAUUCAAUCAUUCUGAGGCCAGUGUCAGCAGGAACCAUCCUGGCACUCCCUUGUCCCUGAGAUGCUGUGGGAGAUCUCAGUCCUACCUCUGUUGUAUUUGGGGUUACUUCCUCCAGUUUUGGCUGAUAUGAAGACAGCAGCAGUGGAAGACAAUCUAUGCAGGACAGUCCCUUGUGUGUUUGAAUUUCCCAAGGCAUACCCCAGAAAUCCCAUGGCUGUGGGCUACAGGCUUAAUGGGAACAUCAGCGUCCGUGCAGAUACCAGCCAUCCCAGAGCCCCCACGGGUGAUCUCUCCACAGAGGAGGAAGACUGUAUCCUCCUGACCGGAGAUGUGCUCGGAAAAGGAAACACGACCUACUUGCUCUAUGUGGGUCUAGGAGAUCAGAAAGGCACCAUCCUGAGAGAGAGCACCAGACUCUCCAUGCCAGACCUGACCCAAAAGCCAGAGCUUCACACCCCAGAAAGUGGUGUGGCUGGAGAGCCUGCAACUUUGACCUGUAGCGUCCAAGGCACCUGCCAAGUACCCAGAGUCCCUUUUCUCUCCUGGAAUGGGCCUGACAUGGCUCCCAACACAUCUGUCUCCAUCACCUCCUCUUCAGAGCUGUCCACCCUCAGAUGCCACUUAAGUCUAUCCCUAGAAAACCUGACCAGCCGUAAAGUGGUCAAGCUACAACUGGUCUCACCUCCUAGGCUGCUCAACUACUCCUGUUUGCUGAAGAAGACCCUAGCUUGUAGUUGUUCCUUCCAUGGGACCCCCAUACCCUCUGUGCAGUGGUGGGUUGGAGGAACGCCUGUGAGUGCGAAUAGCAUAGAUACCAUCCUGCGCACGACCACCACCACACUGGAACCCUGGACCAACAGCACCAUCCACCUCAUGUGGGAACCAGAAAUCAUAGGGAGACUUCGCUGUGAGGGGAGGAACCAAUAUGGAGUCCAUGCUUCCAGAAUCUUCCUGAUACCAGAGAAAAGCUCCAUUUCCAGUGUCUUCCUGAGAGGGCUAAUCCAGGGCUUCGUGUAUGGGACCAUAGCAUCUUCUUUACUCCUCCUCUUCCUCGUUGUUCUGGCGGCUCAUUGUCUUAGAAUGAAGAUACUUAAUUGGUGGGAGGAAAACCAAACUUGCAAGAACAAAGAGGCCCCGACCCUCAAGAAACCGGUUUUAGGAGGAGCCAAAAUGGCUGAAGUCUGAAGUCGUGCAUGGACAGCCUGGGCUGGUGGUGGUAAAGGCCUGGAGUUUGCCAUAGAAGUUAGGGUGUCGGGACUGAGGCUGUGGCUCUUGCCUGGCAUGCAUGAAACUCUGGGUUUGGUUCCCAGAGCCACACGACUGAGGUGUGGUUCACACCGUAUUCAUUCCAGCACUCGGAAGACAGAGGAGAAAGGAUCAGGAGUUCCAGCUACAUAGUGAGUUGGAGGCCAGCUUGGGCUACAUGAGAUCCUGUCUCAAUCAAUCAAUUAAUAAAUGACAAAAAGUA